AUGUAUAUUGGUGUAGCGUUAUUGUGUUGUUUGGUGGCUGUGUAUGCAGCACCAGCAGAUCCAAAGGACAUUCCCAUCGUGGCCCAAGAGACUAUUAUUGAACCAGAUGGAUCCUAUCGUUAUAACUACGAGACUGGUGAUGGUGUUAAGGCUUCCCAAGUUGGUGAUUUGAAACAGAUUGAUAAGGAAACUGUGGGAAUCUCGCAGGGAUCAUAUUCUUGGCAAGGUGAUGAUGGGAAGACCUACACGGUAACUUAUAUUGCCGAUGAGAAUGGUUUCCAACCCACUGGGGAACAUCUUCCGGUACCACCAGAAAUUCCCGCUGCCAUUCAGAAAAGUUUAGCUUAUUUGGCGACAGCUCCACCACCAAAAGAAUAA